UUCAGUCUUCGCUAGUAGUAUCAAAUUUCUUUUCCAUUUCUAUAGUGAAAAGGGGCAUAGUUUCGGUUGUAGGAAACAUCGCCGUGAAAAGAUACAUUCUGUAUUUAUAGAAAGGAAACUUGUAAUAGUUAUUUUCAACAACAAAAAAUGUAAAAAAAAAAAAGAAGAAAUGGAUUUCGAUUCAAAGAAGUAAAGAAAAGAAAUAUUUCCUUCUAAACAGAAAACAAUUUAUACGAAAGUAACACUUUUUAAAGUAUUAGUUUCGUAUAAAGCCUUUGUUUUUGUUUUGAUUUUCUUUUUGUUAAUUCCUCACAUAAUGUCACGCCGAAGACAACCAAGCCCCAAAAUAAUAAGCUCAGACAUUAUUGAUGACGAAAAAAUUAAGCAAGAGACAUGGACAUUUUGUGAUCUCUUUCAACAAACUUCUACGAAUGAAAAAGCAAUUACAUGGCUGGCGAAAUAUGAACUUAUAAGCAAUUCUGUUGUGUGUCCCACUUGCGGGAACCCGUGUACAGUCAACGGUUACCAGAAGGGUAUAGAUGGAAAACGAUGGAGAUGCCCAAAGCAUAACUACUGUAGAUCAAUCCGCAAAGGAUCCUUUUUCGAGAAUAGCCGCCUGUCGCUGACAACAUUCAUAUGGCUUAUGUAUAUGUGGUCAAGGGAAUAUUUCCAUUCUGAGAUUGCCCAUGAGAGUACCGUAAGUAAGAAAUCAACAAUUGACCUGUUUUGUCUCAUCCGAGAACUACUAGAACGGUUCCUGGAAGACCACCCGACUGAAUUAGGUGCCUACCCACCCGAGAUUGGCGGGUUCGAUUUACAGUCAGGUGAACCAAAAGUUGUUGAGAUAGAUGUGACCACACAUUUCAAACCUACACCCAAUGAAAAGAAGCAUAUGAAAAGAUUCUGUGUUUUUGGUGGAAUCGAACGUGGAACUGACAAAUGUUUUCUGGUGCCUAUUGAGCAUCAAAAUAAAGACGCUUUCGAAGCUGCAAUUAUCCGAUGGAUUUUACCAGGUACCCAUAUUGUGUCUGAUAUUUGGACUGAACCUCUUCAAAUUGACCAGAUCCAACAAGGUACCCAUAUUGUAUCUGAUAUAUGGGCUGAAUAUCUUCAAAUUGACCAGAUCCAACAAGGUAUAUAUACUCAUGAAUAUGUAGAUUACAAUGAGCCAGAAGAUACAGAAAUCCACAUCAGAAAUAUAGACAGAAUGUGGCAGAGAGUAAAAAUACAUUGUCAAUGAAAGCGAAGGACAUUUUUAUUUCAGUCUUUAUUAACAGAAUUCAUGUGGAGAUCUCACUUUAAGAAUAAUGAUAAAUUUGCUGCCCUAAUUUAUUCUCUCAGACACUUGUAUAAAGUUUAAUAAAAUUAUUAUAUUUUUAUUUGUA